AACUUGCCGAUAUGAUUAAAAAUAUAAAAUGUAUGUAUGAAUUACACUUUUGUAUGAAUCACUUACAAGAAUUAGCGUAUAUUCAAUGUCAAAUACAUUCCUUCGCGAAAUACUUUGUUAAAUCUCAAUAUAACAACAUGGGAAUACAUAUGUUGCAUGUACACGUGCAAUGUCAUCGUGAUUGGUGCAUUGAGAUAAGAAUUCCUCUCCUUAACGUAUUUUGUUCUAAUCAUUUCCUAUCUGACACUGGCCAUUCACUCAUCGUCAGUUAAGCUAUCGACCUGCGAUGAGUAACACCGCACUUGUGGUACUUCGUUCAGGGAAGGACAUCAGCACAGCUUGGCUUGAAGAGCUGCUGAUACAAAGGCUAAAAUCUAACAUCGAAGUUAUAUCAUGGACAUCAAAACUCCCUAGUACAAAGAAUUAUUUCAUGAGCGAAAUGUCUUUCGUGCAAGUGACUUUCAAAGGGCCAAAUCAUCCUACUGAAGAGAGGUCUUUAGUCUUCAAAUUUGCUCCAACAGCACAGGAUGCAAUUGAAUUCAUGAAGAAUGGGAACCUUGCAAGGAAGGAAAUUGAGUUUUACAAAUUUGUCUUAACAGAUGACUUUCAACUUUUCUGCAAGAAUAGCGGCCUGAAGAAUCCAGUCCCAGACGUAUACUGGGCGGACGUAGAGGAAGAUCUCGUCACCCUUGUCAUGCACGACCUGAGGACAGAUGGCUUCAGAGUGGAUACCCCGCCAGAAGGGAACUCGCUAGAACAAGUUAAAGUGAUACUCAACUCUAUUGCAGUUAUUCAUGCUUGUGGAGUUGCUACCAUUAAGAAGCAUGGGCGGGAGUACCUGGAUGUUCCUUCUGGAGAUUUUCUUGAUGACGCUGUAAGGAUAGGCCUUGACAGAGAAGUGGAGAUGUUUAAAGGAACUCGCACAGCAGAAACUUUGAGGGCUUUAUACUCAUUAAGAAAAGAAAUGAUUGAGACUAGAUCUCCACUAUUUGAGACGUUGAUCCACGGGGAUUUAUGGACAGGCAACGUCAUGUUCUCUGCCGACAAUACGAGCGCCGUCAUAAUUGACUGGCAGUUUGCUUCAGUUGAUAACCCAGUGUGUGACAUUAUUUCUUUGUUGCUGAUGAGCAGCCAUCCUGUCGUGUAUGAACAACACCUAAAUGACGUUCUACAGAGCUACUGGCAGAGUCUGACUGAAGCUUUGGAAAAGAAUGGGGCUUCAGUUGAUUGCACUUUCCAAGAUCUUGUGGACUGUGUUGAGAAAAUGUGGAUGUAUGGUUUCAUGUUUUUUACGGCAAGUUUGCCGGAUUUACUAGAUAACAAUAUAACUGCUUUCCACAGAGGCCAAAAUGCUGUAAAGUUUUUAGAGCAGAAGAAGGUAUUGUCAAAGUUUCUCCAGGUCCAUGGAAAAGAAAUGGCAUAGUUUUGGAGAUUUAUUCAGGAAAAAGUAUGUGUUCAUGCAUAUUUUAGGCAAACCAACAUGUAGAUGCUUGUAUGCUUGUCUUUUAACCUACCAGUAUAAAUAUCUAGUGAAAAGGAAAUCAGUCGAAUAGAAAAAUAGGGUAAGUAAGGAUUCAGGUAUAGUAUUCAAACUCAGUUCCGAAAGGAAAGUCAUCAAAUGGCACGAAGUUGUUCGUCACUGGCAUUGUCAGGAAAAGGAAUCUAGGUCUCAUGCAUCUGUCAUUACCUUUCAUAGAAGGAAUUUUCCUAAACUUGAGUUCCUUUUCCGAGCAUGUCACUGUCUCAGUAUUAUGAAGCAUUUCCAUAAGUAGUCAACCAAGUCAUAGCAUUUCCUUUAUUUCAGAUUUAUGAAUUAAUGCAUUUAAUCAUGCCUUUGCACAUGUCAGUCUUAGCAUUCAUAAAUAAAC